AUGACUCGCACAUUGGAUAUCCUCUCUCUCGGCGGCAAAAACAUCGUGUUUUCGCCACCGAACGACCAUUGGCGGAAGUUGCGACGGCUCACGAUGCUCCACCUUCUGUCUGCGAAGAAACUGCAGGAGAGCCUUCCCGUGCGAGAGGGGGAAAUUCGCGUCAUGCUGAAUGCGAUCGCUGCUGACGUAGCUGGUACUGCUGACGAAGCCGCUGCUGACGCAACAAAUGAUCCUUCGGAUGUGACUUAUACGGGUGCUACUACUUCGGGAGGGACCGCGAAAACUUCCGCCAUGGCGGAAGUGGGGAGCACAGUAGAAGUGCGACGUUAUUUAAAUCGCGCGACGCUCAACAACAUUAUGCGCCUGACUGUCGGGAAGCGCUUCGGCUAUUCCUCGAUUCGCGGCGCGGCGAGCACCACGUCGAAGGCGAUUCUCGACGCCGCGAUGCGAAUUGACUGGAACGAACGCAUCGCUGCAAUGAGCGGCGAGAAACGCGGCGCUGAGAUUCGACGCGGCGCUGCCGCUUCGGCCGCAGCUCCAGCGAUUAGUACGGCUACGACUAACGUAGCUUCUGCAAUGGAGGAAGCGGAAGGAGAGCUGGCGUUUGCGAUAGUGGAGGAGGGGUUUGCUCUUGCGGGAGCAUUCAAUAUCGCGGAUUACGUGCCCUGGCUGAGCCACUGGGACCCGCUGCGCAUGUACGCGCGCGCGCAGCGCCUCGCGCCGCAGCUGCACGGAUUCAUGCGCGCGUGCAUCGAGGAGCGACGCGAGCUCGUGCAGCAGAAGAGUCGUACGGCUAUGGUUGCUCGUGAAGGUUCGAGGAAUGAGACUACUUUUGUCGAUGCUCUCUUCGAGAUUGAAGGGGAGGGAGAGGAUCAGAUGGAUAAAGACGAGAUGCUGAUGCUUACAAUCGAUAUGAUGAUGGCGGGAACUGAUACCACUUCCAAGACCGUGGAAUGGGCGCUUGCUGAGCUGGCGCAGCAAACUGACAUGCUGGAACGGCUCCGUGCUGAGGUGGAUGCGGCGUAUGCCAGGUCAGCAAGUGCGGCUGCUGAAACUGGGGCGGCUGAUGCAGGAGGGUCGGAUCUGGUGGUAUCUCUGCCGGUAGCGGAAAUGCCGUAUCUGCAGGCUGUGUUAAAAGAAACACUUAGGCGUCAUCCUGUCGUUCCGAUUCUCGUUCCCCACCUGACAACUGGGAGUGUAACAUUGGGUGGUUACCACAUCCCUCCCAGCACCAUGAUCCAGAUCAACAUGUGGGCUCUUGCACACGAUCCAACGGUCUGGAUCAACCCGCACGAAUUUGAUCCCUCCAGAUUCCUUGGCCCUGACGCCCCUGAUGUGACCGGGCAAAAUUUCAGCCUGCUGCCCUUUGGUUCGGGUAGGCGUGGUUGCCUAGGGACAAAUCUGGGUUUGGAUCUAUCUGCCCGCCUACUGGCCAAUUUCGUUCGGCGGUUUGAUUUCAAGCUGCCCGAAGAUGUGAGAGCAGCUGGGGGGCUGGACAUGACAGAAAAUUUUGGGCUGACCAUGGCUCUGGCUAAACCGCUGAGGGUUGUGGUGAGGGAGAGAAAGGCAGUGCCAGGGACGGUGGUUUCUGCUUCAGGAGCAUGA